AUGGGUCGCAAAUCCUCCUCGACAGCGGUCGCUAAAACCUCCUCUGCCUCUGCGCCUGCUGUGUCGUCAGGAACUUCAUCGACCCAAAAGUCGUCUGUGUUGAGAUCCGCCUUUGCUCCGUCGAACUUCCAGUUGCACCUUUUUGCUUCGGUCAUUCAAAGUUUCGAUUCACACCAAUUGCGCAUCCACGACACUGACACGGGCCGCCUGCGCUGCCAGCAUGAGACUACCCCUGCUGUGAAGAUUACAUGCCUCGAUUGGGGAUACUAUGGCGCUGCAUUCCGAGAACAGCGUCAAGCUUCUUCCAAGAAGAAGCGCAAAAGAGAUCAAGACAAUGUCACUGGUGCAGUGAUUGCCUAUGGAACGAAUACUUCUGAGAUUUGCAUGUUUUCGCCCUCAGAAGGCAAAAUUGUAGGCACUCUCUCUGGUGUCCACGAAAAAGGUGUAAAGGACUUCAGAUUCUCUCACUCAAACUACCUGGAAGCCUGGAGCAUAGGCGGGGAUGGAAAACUGGUACAAUGGGAUCUCAGCACAAACAAGCCAAUAAGAACAAUAACCCUCCCGGACCCUGCUAUAAGCAUUCUUGCCCAGCCUGCUCAAAUAUCUCCUCAGAUACUCUGUGCAUCCACCACGCCGUUUGCCAUUGGACUCAAGUCUUCGGACGACUUUCGGAUAGACCGUUACGACUCGUUCAAAAAUGCUGUCCAUUCGCUACUCAGGUCUGACUCAAGUGAUACCACACUAUCCGAGCAUUUUAUAGCUGCAGACUCGGAUAGAUAUAUCAAUGUCUACGAUAUCCCGCACAAAAAAUUGGUCCGGACCCUAGUGGCUGGAGCCGGUGUUGUCGAAGUCGACCUGUCAAGUCCUUCGCAAGAAACCCCAGAGGUAUUGAGACCACAAAUAUUAUGUGCAGUGCUCAAAGAUGGAUCUGUCGAGUUGUUUCCUCGACCGUUUGGACAACCGAAGCAGGUCAAUGGAGACUUGAAAUCGAGCAGGAAAAACCUGACCCAAAAGGCAUCUGCGUCGGUAAAGCUCGUCAAUCCCGGUUCCGAAAGCAAGCGUGUUCCUGUCGUUGCGGCUUGUUUGCGGGGCCCUGACCUCGUCAUUGCUUCCGCAGACGGGGGUGUUGAUCUUGCGUUCCAGAAGAUCAGAUGGCAAGACGAAGGCAACGGAGAAUUACUCUUUGACGGUGUCAAGGAAGUGGUCAAGGUUAAGAGCGCAUCCACGCUGAAUCAUGCGACUCUCAACGGCGUCAAGGAUAUGGGCAAAACUCACGUCGAUGAAUCCAAGACCGUCGUCGUGAAUGGCGCUGCUGGAGGACCUGUUUCCAAUGCCAUCGAAAUCUCAAGCAGCGAAGGUGAAGAUGCAGAAGAAGAGGAUGAUGAUGAUGAUGAAGAAGACGAAGAAGACGAGCCCACCAACCAGGGCAAGGUUGAUGGGAAAGCCGAGGCAAAUGGUGCCGACGUCGAUGAUGAGUCUUCAGAGGAAGAAUCGGACGAAGAGAUGGCCGAUGCCACCGAUGCGAACGCUACCACCAAUGACGGCGAAGAUGAGGAUGCGAGUGACGCUGAAGAACCCACUUUCGGCGAACUGCUGUCGUCAAAACAUCCAAACGAGAUCUCCAUCGCCUCUGCCCUCCCAGAUGCCUCUGGCUCGUCGCUCAAAGUCAAGAAAGGCCAGCCGGUCAUUCCCUCGGGCAUGUCUCUCGGGACUGUCCUCACUCAAGCACUCCGUACCAACGACCAGAGUCUUCUGGAGGCAUGUCUGCAUACUCUGGACAUCAACAUUGUCAAAAACACCAUCCAGCGACUCGACAGCGGUCUGGCCGGCAUCUUGUUGUCACGCCUAGCAGAGCGCCUGGCCAGUCGUCCCGGCCGCUAUGGCCACCUUAUCACCUGGGUGCAAUGGACAUGCAUCGCCCACGGCGGCGCCAUUGCCGCACAGCCGGAUGUCACUGCCAAACUCCGCACCCUGUACCAGGUCCUCACGCAGCGCUCGAAGACAUUGGACAACCUGCUAUUGUUGAAAGGGAAAUUGGACAUGCUGGAUGCGCAAUUGUCGUACAGAAAGCAACUCGCUGCACAAAGGCCCGCACGGCGCGACGACCAGGAUGAACCUGGCAUGAUCUACAUCGAGGGCGCGGAUAACUGGGACAGCGACGACGAUCUCGACGACGACCUCGAGCGUCCCACGAAGCGCGCUAAGAGCAAGGCUAAAGCUGGGAAGAAAUCUCUGGAAGAUCUGAUCGGUGCUGCAAACAGCGGAGAAGAAGACGACGACGACAUUGACAUGCCUGACAACGAGGAAGGAGAAGAUGAGUCCGAAGACGAAGACGAAGACGAGGAAGAUGAUGACGAGGACGAGGACGAACCUGCAACUAACGGCCACCGUGCCGGACUCGUCGACAUCGAAGCUGAAGUCUCCAGCGUAGCAGAAGACUCUGACCCAGAUGACGACGCGGCCGCCGGAGCCGACAACGGUUCGUCUUCCGACGAUGUUUCUUCUUCCGGUUCAGACGAUGAUGAUGAUGUCGACGAGGACGAAGAUGACUCGGAAUUGGACAGUUUCAUUAACGAUGGAUCGGUCGAUUUCGACAACGACCAGGAUGAAGUGCACGUCCCUGGCGAUAGCGAGUCGGAAGACGAACAAGAAGACGUCCCCCAAGUCAAGCAGAAGCAGUCGAAGCCCGCGCCGGAAGUCAAGCGCUCGCCCAAGAAGUCGAAGAAGAGGGUUUAG